ACAUUGCUGUCAUUUCACCGCUGCAUCAUCAUCAUCAUGCUGCUGCCACCGCAUUGACCUUCGACAUGGCGGGUUGUGGUCGUGUGCUGACUUUGACUCGCCAUUUCUCUACGACCGGCGCGGUCAACGCCGGUCUCGUCAAGCCUCCUUUAGCAGUGUUCGGUAUUGAAGGCCGGUAUGCGAACGCACUGUACUCGGCGGCUUCCAAGGAAAAGAAGCUUGAUGCUGUUGAAAAGGAACUCGUCAAGUUCAAGGGCUUGAUGGAGCAAGACACCAAGCUUGCCCAGUUUCUUGAGAACCCACUUGUCAACAAGCUCGUCAAAAGAGAUGCCCUCCAGGAUGCCCUCAAGAAGUUGCAGUUCAGCAGUUUGACUGUGAACCUGAUUGGUGCCCUGGCUGAGAAUGGCCGGUCACGCUAUGUGAAGUCGGUGAUUGGUGCUUUUUCACGCAUCAUGGGUGCCGUGCGAGGGGAGGUACCAUGUGAGGUGGUCACUGCCAAGCCCUUGGAUGCUGCCAUGGAGAAGGAGCUUGAGUCAGCACUGAAGGCAUUCCUCAAAAAAGGAGAGGUGCUUGUGCUUACCAAGAAGGUGGACCCCAGCAUCAUGGGUGGAAUGCUUGUCAGCAUAGGUGACAAGUUUGUCGACAUGUCCAUUGCGACUAAGGUCAAUACUUACACUGGCCUCCUGAAGCAGGCAGUCUGAACUAUAGGUUUAGUUUUUGUCCACAUUUUGUGCCUGUUCGUUGAAAAGAAGUUCCAAGACAACGUGGAAGCUUCUACCUGAUGCUGUCGCUAACAGUGUUAAAAAGAGUAGGGUGAAUACAAAACUGGGAAUGAC